AUGUGCUCAUUCGCCCGCUAUCCUCCCUCCCCUCCCGCCGCUGCUGGUGAAUUGGCUCAUCUGCUCACCACGUCUGGCUCGUCUGCUUCCUACGUCAGAUUGUCCCCUUACUACGCUUCCCUCCCUCUCACCAUCCCACCGUCCCUCCAUUUCCAGGCUAUCUGCUCAUUCGUCCACUCUCCUCCCUCCCCUCCCGCCACUGCUGGUGUGUUGGCUCGUCUGUUGACUAGGCUACCUGCUAAUACGCCCGCUCUCCUCCAUCCCUUCCCGCCGCUGCUGGUGCCUCGGCUCGUCUGCUCACUCUGA